GCAUGCACCGCACGCGCCUCUAGAGCUCUCACAAUGAUUAAAUAACCACUACUCUCAACAUUUUUUCUGCGACUGUGCAAGUCAGAGCACCAGGAUCGAGAACUACAACUUCCGACCUGCAGAACAGCGGCGGCGCUAUUUAAAAAGCGUCAGAGAGGCGGUGCUGGCCACGCCCCUCUUUUCCAGUUCCGCUCCCUUGGAUGAGCUGCGAGGAGAGGGGCGGAGCCUUAGGCCUGAGCCAAGAUGGCGGCUGCGAAGUCAACCCCCACGGACUCGCUCUCGUUCUGCCUCGCGCAGCUCACGGCGGCGGCCGGGGAGGGUCUAGGUGGGGGAAAGGACACAGCUACCAACGAGACACCCUUGGGCCGUGCGCUCUUAGCCCUCCGUACGCGCCACGUCAAGGCAGCCGGGGGAAUAGAGCGCUUCCGGGCACGCGGCGGGCUCCGCCCCCUUCUCGCGCUGCUACGGCGAGCGGCUGCAGCGGGCCCCGCCCCGUCCCAGGCUGGCGCAGGCUCCGCCCCCUCGUCGGUCGAGUCAGCGGCUUCUUCUGGCCCCUCCCCUUCGCCGGGCUCCGCCCCCUCUGCUGCGUCGCCAGCGACACCCUCGCCACCAGCGCGCCUGCGCAAGACGCUGGACUUGGCGCUCAGCAUCCUGGCCAACUGCUGUACGGAAGGGGCGUGCCGGGCUGAAGUGCGCAGACUCGGAGGCAUUCUCCCGUUGGUGACUAUUCUUCAGUGUGUGAAGACAGACAGCAUCCAGAACCGAACUGCCCGUGCUCUGGGGAACUUAGCCAUGGAACCUGAGAGCUGCGGGGACAUCCACUCUGCUGGUGCUGUUCCCCUGCUCGUGGAGAGCCUGACGGCCUGCCAGGACUCCCAGUGCCGCCAGAGUGUGGUCCGCGCCCUCCGCAACCUGGCGGACUCACCCCAGCACCGCCUGGCCCUGGCCCAGCAGGGAGCAGUGCGCCCACUGGCUGAACUUCUGGCUGCAGCGCCAGAUCCUGCGCUGACCUUGGCCUUGGUCCGUGCCCUCCUGGAGCUGAGUCGAGGCUGCUCCCGGGCCUGUGCUGAGCAGCUCAGUCUGGGUGGGGGACUCGGCCCACUGGUUGGCCUGGCCUCCCAUCCCAAAAGAGCCGUGCGUGAGGCCACCAUCUUGAUCCUCGCCAACCUGUGUGCCCAGGGCCUGGUGCGGCCUGCCCUGGGGAAUGCUGGGGGCGUGGAGGUGCUGUUGGGUGAACUCCGGCGGCGCCGGGGCCUCAACGGGGCAAGCCCAGCCUCCCAGCAGCCCCUGGUGCGGGCCGUGUGUCUGCUGUGCCGGGAGGCUAUCAACCGGGCCCGGCUGCGAGAUGCUGGGGGCUUGGAGCUGUUGAUGGGCUUGCUGCGGGAUCCCCGUGCCAGCGCCUGGCACCCUCGUGUGGUGGCUGCCCUCGUGGGCUUCCUGUAUGAUACAGGGGCCCUGGGCCGGCUUCAGGCUCUGGGAUUGGUACCUCUCCUGGCCGGGCAGCUGUGUGGUGAGGCUGGCGAUGAGGAAGAAGAGGGAAGAGAAGCUGCUUCCUGGGACUUCCCUGAGGAGAGGACCCCCGAGCGGGCAGAGCCCGGAAGCUUCCGAAGCCUCCAGUCCUGGCUGAUCUCCGAGGGCUAUGCCGCAGGCCCGGGAGACAUCUCUCCCGACUGGUCCCCGGAGUGCUGUCCGCCGCCGCCAGAACCGGUCGAUCUGACCAGCCCCACGUCGCUGCGGACGCCCCGCGCCCUGCGCCCGCCCGGCCGCAGCCCCACCGCCUCUGCCGCCGAGGAGCCCUGGGGCCGCGAGGGGCCGGCGCUGCUGCUGCUGUCGCGCUUCUCCCAGGCUCCCGACCCCAGCGGGGCGCUGGUGACCGGCCCGGCCCUGUGCGGCCUGCUGGCCUACGUGACGGGCGCUCCGGGCCCGCCGAGCCCCCGCGCGCUGCGCAUCCUGGCGCGGCUCACCUGCAACCCCGCCUGCCUCGAGGCCUUCGUGCGCAGCUACGGGGCGGCGCUGCUGCGUGCCUGGCUGGUGCUCGGCGUCGCCCCCGACGACUGGCCCGCGCUGCGCACCCGGCAGGCUCGCCGCAGCCAGCACCAGCACCGGGAGCUGGGUGAGAUGCUGCUGCAGAACCUAACAGUGCAAGCCGAGUCGCCCUUCGGAGUGGGGGCCCUCACCCACCUGCUGCUCUCUGGGAGCCCGGAGGACCGUGUGGCCUGCGCCCUGACCCUGCCCUUCAUCUGUCGGAAGCCCUCUCUGUGGCGCCGGCUCCUUCUGGACCAGGGCGGCCUCCGGCUCCUCCUCUCGGCGCUCACCCGGCCCGCUCCGCACCCGCUCUUCCUCUUUUUCGCUGCAGACUCCCUUUCCUGCCUCCAAGGCCUGGUGUCUCCCACAGGGAGCCCAGCCGACCUACCUGCAAUCCCCUUGGACCUAGACCCGCCCUCCCCUUGCCUCUAUGAACCUCUGCUGGGCCCAGCCCCCAUGCCAGCCCCCGACCUCCACUUCCUGCUGGACUCAGGCCUCCGGCUCCCUGCCCAGCGAGCCGCCUCAGCCACCGCCUCCCCUUUCUUCCGGGCCCUGCUGGCUGGCAGCUUUGCCGAAGCCCAGAUGGACCUAGUGCCCCUCCGAGGCCUGUCGCCCAGCGCGGCCUGGCCCAUCCUGCAUCACCUGCAUGGCUGCCGGGGCUGUGGGGCCGCCCUGGGGCCUGUCCCUCCGCCAGGCCAGCCCCUGCUGGGCUCUGAGGCUGAGGAGGCCCUGGAGGCCGCUGGCCGUUUCCUGCUGCCAGGGCUGGAGGAGGAGCUGGAAGAAGCCGUGGGCCGCAUCCACCUGGGACCCCAGGGUGGCCCAGAGUCUGUGGGGGAGGUGUUCCGCCUGGGCCGGCCGCGGCUGGCUGCCCACUGCGCGCGCUGGACCCUGGGGCCGGAGCAGUGCCCCCGGAAGCGGGCCCUGGCUCUGGUGGGGCUUGUGGAAGCAGCUGGCGAGGAGGCCGGGCCCCUGACCGAGGCCUUACUGGCUGUGGUGAUGGGGGUGGAGUCGGGGGGCAAGGGUCCCAGCCUAGACUGUUGAUGUAUCCUGGGAGGAGACCCAGGGAUAAGUUAGCUAGGAGAAGGUCUCUCUCGAUGGGAGGAGGCUGAGCAGAAAAACUCACCGUCACGGGCCCGUGAAAGGAUGGACCUGGAGCCCUGGGUGAUGGUCUGAAGACUCAGGAGUGAGAAGCCAAGGCCAGGGUCUGGGCAUGGGGCCCUCGAGAUGGAGAACAGCUCAGGGCCCCAGGAACCUGGCCUGGCCCAGCUUUAUGGAGUUGGAAUUAAAAGCUUUGGAGUCGGCUC